AUGGCGGCAGCAGGUGGAAAGAAGGGAGCGCCGGCGGUAGGUGCUGAAAGGGCCGUUAGUUAUGUCCCGCGCGGGAGGAGAUUUAGGUCCAUGUUGGCUGGUGAAGAGAAGGCGGAAGCAUCGAGAACCGGUGGAGCGGGUGUUGUAGACGCGAUGGCCAUGUUGGGGACAGAUGAAGGUUGCAGUACAGCUGCAAAUGAUCUUGUAUAUAUAAUUGAUGGAUCCUGGAGUGUGGGCUACAAGGACUUUGACACUGCCAAGCGCUGGCUUGUUAACAUCACCAGUGGCUUUGAUGUAGGUCCCCAUUAUUCCCAGGUGGCUGUAGUGCAGUACAGUGACACUCCUCGGCUAGAGAUCCCACUUGGUGCUCAUCAACGUACCCAAGAGCUCAUCAAAGCUAUUCAGGCCAUCCGUUACAUGGGAGGAAACACUCAGACGGGGCGUGCCAUCAAGUUUGCAGUAGAUCAUGUGUUUUCUUCAUCACAGCGCAGUGACACCGCUAGGAAUCGCAUUGCUGUAGUGGUAACUGAUGGGAAAUCUCAGGAUGAUGUGGUAGAUGCUAGCGUAGAGGCUCGAGCGCAAGGAAUCACUAUAUUUGCUGUGGGAGUGGGCUCAGAGAUCACCACCUCAGAGCUGGUGGCCAUUGCUAACACCCCAUCCAGUUUCUAUGUGCUAUAUGCACAGGACUACACCACCAUUGAUCGCAUUCGAGACUCUAUGGAACAAAAGCUUUGUGAAGAAUCUGUAUGUCCCACACGUAUCCCAGUAGCCUCACGGGAUGAGAAGGGCUUUGAGCUGAUACUCGGGAUGAAAAUCCAUGAGAAAGCCAAGAGGAUAUCAGGCUCUUUGCUGUCAGAGACAGCCUACUUCCUGGACAAAGGGGUGGACAUUACUGAGGAGACAAAGGAGAUCUUUCCAGAGGGUCUUCCUCCAUCCUAUGUGUUUGUGGCCACUCUGCAGCUGAAAGGCACAGCAAGCAGGGAAAGGUUUGACCUCUGGAGGGUAAUUUCUAAAGAUAAUGAAGUCCAAGUGGCUGUGACGCUCCAUGGACAGGAGAAUUCUGUUACCUUUACCACCACAAACAUGGCAAGUGGGGUACAGGUGGUCACUUUUAAUGAUCAAGACCUUCAGAAACUCUUUGAUCGACGCUGGCAUCAGCUGAAGAUUCUCGUCAGAACAAAGCAUGUCAUCUGUUAUAUGGACGACAAGGUGAUCCAGGAAGUGGAUCUGGAGCCAGUUGUGCCCAUCUUUAUCAAUGGGAAAACUCAGAUUGCCAAACAUUACAAUGCUGAAGCUACAAUUCCCUUGGGAAUCCAAAAACUGAGGCUGUACUGUGAUCCAAUGCAAAGUGAAAGAGAAACCGCAUGUGAGAUUUAUUCUGUGGAUGAUGAGAGGUGUCCCACAAACCGAGAGGCACCCGAAGAAAAGGAGGAGUGUGACUGCAGUCAGGGGAACCCUGGACCGCCUGGACCACCUGGACCAACUGGGCCAAAAGGUGAAAAAGGAGAAAAUGGACUUCAUGGUCGUGAUGGUAAGCCUGGUAUUAAAGGUGGACAAGGAAUGCCUGGAGAGCAGGGUAAAUCCGGACAAAAGGGUGAAGCUGGUUUCCAUGGACCCAAAGGUGACUCAGGAGAAAAAGGCUCCAAAGGUGAGAGGGGGCAUCAAGGGCUGCCUGGAAAACAAGGACUACCAGGACCCAAGCGACCUCAGGGCGACAAAGGUGAUCAAGGACCCUCUGGUGAGCCUGGACCAAAGGGGGAACCGGGCCUCCCUGGAAGUGAAGGUCCAGUCGGCACAAAAGGACCAAAGGGUGAUAAAGGAGAUGAUGGACAGCCUGGCACAGAUGGAGCUCAAGGUGCACCGGGUAUUCGUGGACUUCCUGGAGAGGUGGGGCCAAGUGGACCUCAGGGGGCUAGAGGAUUACCUGGACCGAAAGGAUCUGCUGGACCUAAAGGACCUCCCGGCAUCCAGGGCCCACCGGGGUCCCGUGGAGCAGACGGACAAAUCGGCCCUAAGGGAAGUCCAGGACUCUCUGGAUCACCUGGUCAUCUGGGUAUUCCAGGCCAAAAGGGAUCAAAAGGAGAACCAGGUUUUCCAGGUUUACAAGGUGCUGCUGGUCUUCCCGGCUUUAAAGGGCAUAAGGGAGAAAUGGGAGAACCUGGUCCAAAAGGCGCUCAGGGUGAAAGAGGAAGCGAGGGAACACCUGGUGUGCCUGGGCCGCCGGGCGAACCUGGACUCCGUGGAGGCAAAGGAGAGAGAGGUACUUCAGGAGAUCCUGGGGUUAGAGGCCCUGAUGGGAAGAAAGGAGACAUUGGACAUAUAGGAGUAGUUGGACCACGUGGUUCUGCAGGACAGGAUGGGUUACCAGGGCAUCCUGGGCUUCCAGGAUAUCCUGGCAAACCGGGGAAAUCUCCUUCUGAUGAACAGUUAAAAAAACUCUGUGGAGAUGUUUUAAGACAGGAGCUCCCCCGGCUGAUGCAGAUGAUGAAUCCUCAGAGCUGUGAGCCCUGUGAGACGGUGAAAGGCCCCCCGGGUCCACCUGGAGCUCAGGGUCCUAAAGGCUCAACUGGACUGCAGGGAUAUCCAGGCAGGCCAGGCUCUCAGGGCUACCCAGGGUCACCUGGCUUACAAGGAACCCCAGGGGUCAAAGGGGACAUGGGACCAAGGGGCUUUAAGGGCAACAAAGGGGAGGGCAGGUCAGGACAACCUGGACCCCCUGGAGAAAGAGGGAUCCAGGGUCUGUCUGGCACUGAUGGAAUUGGAUUUCCUGGUCCUCCGGGAAUGCCGGGCAAAUCUGGUUCUCCAGGACUUCCAGGCAAGCGAGGUGCCCCAGGGCCAGCUGGAGUGUGUGACAUGUCCAUCUGCUACCCAGCCUACAACCUCAGGGAAGAGCACUACAGCAAAGGCCCAAACUUUUGACUCAAGCAGCAAACACAUACACAGACCAUAUCUGCACAUGAUCAGUUCUUUACUCAAUGGCAUUUAGGGGAAUAAUUAUAAAGGACUGAAUCCAAUUGUACAUGAAAGGCCUUAUGCAUGCAGCAAUACUGUAAGGACAGUGGCAGAGAAAAUCAGAGCAGAACAGAUUCAGUGACCUUUUGUUCUGACUGAUAUGGAGGGCAUUAAUUGUUGUACAGUAUGUAUCGCAUACGGAGACACCGUUUUGUCAUCACCCACCUAUCAAGCUUGCAUGCAACACAAGAUGACUCGACUGACCCACCUGAGGUGAUUUUGAAGACAAGGUAAGAUCAUUAUUUUAAUUGUAGUGGUGUUGAGUAAAAUCCAUACACUUUGACUUUUUAAAAGACAUAUGUUUGGACUCUGGUAUGCACUCGCACUGCCCAAAAGAAGCUACCUCCAUGUGAACAUACAUUAUACAAGACAAAAUAUAUGCCUUAUACACUUUAUAGAGUAUUUAAUCCUUUUAUUAAAUGUGUAUUCAUAUGCUGCUUAUCUUUAAAUGUCA